UGACUUGCCUCUCAUUCUUCAGUGCUGAUUAUCUCUCUCUCUUUUUUUUUUUCUUCUUUUCUCAAUUUUCUCCUGGCGAGAGACAUUGUGUUUUAGGCGCGGUCUGCUUCACGGCCGCCCAUUUGUCACAAUGAGGCCCUUUUCCGCACUCACCGCGCUGUGCGGACUGUUUCUAUCCACCAGCAGCUUUGUAUGCGCCGAUUCCACAUCGUCAAGCUCGCCAGUCGCUCUUCCCAGCGACUUCAAGCCCGCUCAAGUAUUCAAGAAUACCAAUUUGGUCCGAAACACCAAUUUGGAGAAGAGCUACCUCCGUGAGACCAUCAAUGUCGUGGUCGAGAAUGUGGCCAAGCAAGCUCAGAGUGACUACUAUUUGGCUUUGCCAUCCCACCUCUACGAUAAGGUCGGAGUCCUCGAAGUCCGCGAUAAAUCAGCUCCGGAGAAGAGCAGGCUCAAUGUGCAAGCUACUGAAAUUGACCCAAGCAGGGAUCUCCAAUACUACAUCGUUCACUUCUCCGAACCCCUGCCGCCCUCCUCUCAGAUCACUUUGGGAAUCUCCUACUCUGUCCUCAACUCUUUCAGCCCGCGCCCGGCCGCUAUCAAACAGAUGGACCGACAGUACCUCACUUAUUCGUUCUCCGCCUAUGCUCCUUCAGCAUACACGACAGUGACGCAGAAGACCAAGCUCAAGCUUCCCAGCACCAAUGUCCCGGAAUAUACGACCACGGACUUGAAGUCGGGUGCGGACCCGGAGCGUCUGGGUACCAGCUACACGUACGGACCCUAUGACACGGCUCAGGUUGCGCCCGGUACUAGUUACCCGAUCGUCGUUCGCUAUGAGUUCACCAAGCCGGUCAUCACGGCUUCGCUGCUGGAGCGCGACCUGGAGGUUUCUCAUUGGGGCGGCAACCUGGCCACGGAGGAACGCUACUGGCUGCGCAACAAUGGCUCUGAACUCUUGGACCACUUCUCGCGCGUGGAGUGGACCCUCAGCAGUUAUCAGCAACUCCCUUCUUCCUCCAUUCGCGAGCUGAAGUACCCCCUGAAGCCCGGCUCCGUGGACCCUUAUUUUAUCGAUGACAUCGGCAAUGUUUCUACAAGCCGAUACCGUCCCGGGAAGGUUCCGAGCCGCGACGCAUCAUUGGAGCUUCGCCCCCGUUUCCCCAUCUUUGGUGGCUGGAACUAUAGUUUCCGCGUCGGCUGGAACAACGACCUCUCCACGUUCCUCCGUCGGGCCGUCGGCAGUUCUGACUCUUACGUGCUCAAGGUUCCCUUCAUCGAAGGACCCAAGGCCUCCGAGGGCAUCCAGUAUGAGAAGGUCGUUGUGCGAGUGAUCCUUCCCGAAGGCGCCCGGAAUGUUCGCUGGGAGAUGCUGGAAAAGGCUUCCAGCAAUGGACUCCCUAGCUCUAGCCAGAUCCAGACCGACGUGUCCGAGCACAAGACGUUCAUGGACACUCUGGGACGGACGGCAUUAAGCCUAACCGUCAAUGGACUGACGGAUGAAGCUCGUGACUCUCAGAUUGUGGUGACCUACGAUUAUUCCUUGUGGGAUGGAUUGCGCAAGCCGGUGACUAUCACUGCCGGUCUCUUCACAGUAUUUGUAGCCGCGUGGGCUGUGGGCAACCUUGACGUGAGCAUCAAGAAGCGGUAGUCGUGAAGGAUGUAUGAUAUGAUCCAGCUCUCUGUACCAGACCAGAAAUG